CUGUAGAAUUUAUUCAAUUUUUUUCACUUUUUCGAUAGUAUAUAGCAAUCUGUAGUGUGUCGCAUGUUGUAUACUCGCUGUUGAUCGUCGGAGGGCACCUUUUUGUGCGCGUUCAAAUCUCUGUUUUUAAGUUAGCUCCAGGUGUUUCAGUUUUGCAUCCGCCAAAAUGAAGUCUCGGCGGAGUUGGUCGGUGACUGCGUCAGAUCUUGCCAAAAAUACCUUUAACCCCAUCCGUACGGUGGUCGAAUCCAUGAAAUUGACACCUAAUCCAGAGAAACCAAUGAUUGCCCUGUCCAUAGGUGAUCCGACGGUUUUUGGAAAUUUGUGCCCGGCGGAAGAGAUCAUCGAGGCCGUCGUUGAAAGUGUUCGUUCGAUGAAAUACAACGGCUAUGCACCAAGUACUGGCUAUGAAGAAGCCCGCAAAAUCGUAGCUUCUUAUGUCUCAGUACCUGGAGCGACCGUUGAAGCUAAGGAUAUAAUCUUAUGUUCUGGCUGUUCUUGUGCCCUUGACUUGAGCAUCUCUGUAUUGGCAAAUCCGGGACAAAAUAUUCUUGUGCCUCGCCCGGGGUUCCCACUCUACCGUACAUUGGCAGAGGGAUUGGGCAUUCGAACCAAAUUUUACGAUCUGAAGCCUGAAAACGGAUGGGAAGUCGACCUGGAACAACUUGAAGCGCAAAUUGACGACCAAACAGCUGCCAUCGUCGUUAAUAAUCCUUCUAAUCCUUGUGGAUCUGUCUACAAUCGUUCGCAUUUGAAUGCAAUUCUUCAAGUGGCCGCUCGCAAUUUUGUGCCCAUUAUCGCAGAUGAAAUCUACGAUUACUUCGUAUUUCCUGGUCACGAGUUUCAUCCCCUGGCUUCACUGACAAAUGAAGUUCCCAUUCUGACAUGCGGUGGGCUGACCAAAAGAUAUCUUAUACCUGGCUGGAGAAUGGGCUGGAUUGUUGUUCACGAUAGGAACGAAGCGCUUUCAUUGGAGGUCAGGAAAGGAUUGCAGAGUCUAAGCCAAAGGAUUAUCGGUAGUAGUACCAUCCUACAAGGGGCUCUGAGUCGUAUUUUGACGCAAACACCGCCGGAAUUCUUCCAGUCAACUAUCGCGCAAGUUUACGAUAACGCCCGACUGGCGCAUCAACUGCUGUCUGGCUUGCCUGGAAUGAGACCAAUCAUGCCUUCCGGGGCAAUGUACAUGAUGGUUGGUGUAGACAUGAGCAAUUUCCCCGAGUUUGAAAACGACUUGCAAUUUGUUGAACGUAUGGUAACAGAGGAGUCGGUCUUUUGUCUGCCCGGAAGAUGCUUUGAUUAUCCCAACUACUUUCGUAUCGUCCUAACUGUGCCUGAAAUGCAAUUACGCGAAGCCUGCCAUCGUAUUAGCCAAUUUUGCACCGCUCACUAUGUCGCGCCUCUCGCCUUGGGGAAGGAAGAGCAACUUUCCAAUGGCCAUAUUCACCACGAGCUACACAACGGCAUCGUCACUGUUAUAGAGCCUUGACACUGGAAACAAAAAAAAAACAGAUGAUUUUGGAAGAUAUUUUUUAAUCAGUAGUCCCUACCAGUAGGCGUUUCUGCAUCGUGUUGGAGAAACCAGAAUUUUUUGCCGUCCUUUCUCGCCCGGUACAAUUUUUACACGGUUGCGGAAAAAUAACAACUAUCCGUCGUUAGGACAGUGUUAUUCCCUUUUCAGAAGCGAAAGAGCAAAGGAUUCAGUUUCGCGAGAUAUUGAGGUUUUAAAUAAUAAUAGCUAAUAUUUUAUACCCUUGUCGACUAUGUACAUGUUACGAAAUGAAAAGCCAAUACAAUUUUUAAGACUAAA